CUGCGCCUUCCCAGGCCCCCCCCUCCCCUUCCCUCUCUCUCUCUCUCUCUCUCUCCUCCUCAUCACUCCCUCCAGAUCUCACUCCCUGCAAAAAUCCCAAAUCCCCAUCUCUCAAAUCCAUUGACCUUCCCAAACUCCGACCCACUAAUCCCAUUUCGCAUUCGAAAUCCGGGAUUAGGGAUAUAGAUCUCUCUUCUCUCAUGGCGUCCCCCGGAAACCCCAAUCCGCCGCCGCAGCAGCAGCCCUUCGACAUGGCCAAGUUCUUUAAACCCACAAGCCCAACCCCUCUCUCCCCCCAUUCCCAGCCUCAAACCCAGGCCCCCACCCAAAACCCUAACCCUAAUCUGAACUCCUCAGGCUUCCCAAUCCCUCCGGCCUCUUAUCCUCCCCCCUCUGGGCCCUACUCCUACCCUCCCCAAACGGCCCCGUAUCACCAGCAGCAAUUCCAGUACCAGCACCACCCUCAGCCUCAUCCUCACAACCACCCCCAAAUUCCUUACCCUCAAGACCACCAGCUGCUUCAACAGCGGUCGCUCUCGUUUCCCAUCCCGCCCCUGGCUCCCGGUAAUUACAACAUUGCCGCCGCCGCCGCCGCCGCCUCCAACCCCGGAAACGCCACCACCACCAACCCCAAUUCCGGCGCCCGAAUCAUGGCCCUGCUCGGUGCUCCUUCCUCCAGUCUAGAAAUGGCGCCGCAGCCGGAGUUGUCAGUGCCCGCCGCGGGCGGGGUUUCGAUGGUGCCCACUCUUCCCAUGGGGAUUCCACCCUCCCCGGCUCGAAUGCCGAGCAAUAAGCUGCCCAAGGGCAGGCAUUUGAUUGGGGAUAGCGUGGUUUACGAUGUGGAUGUUAGGUUGCCCGGGGAGUUUCAGCCGCAGCUGGAAGUUACCCCCAUUACUAAGUAUGGUUCGGAUCCCCAGCUAGUGUUGGGCCGCCAAAUUGCGGUGAAUAAGUCGUAUAUAUGCUAUGGAUUGAAGCAGGGGAAUAUUCGGGUUUUGAAUAUACACACUGCAUUGAGAUCUUUGUUUCGAGCUCAUACACAGAGGGUCACAGACAUGGCUUUCUUUGCCGAGGAUGUUCACCUUUUGGCUAGUGUGAGUGUAGAAGGACGGCUUUUUGUGUGGAAAAUUUCUGAAGGUCCAGAUGAAGAAGGUACGCCACAAAUCACAGGAAAGAUUGUUAUUGCCAUUCAAAUAGUUGGUGAGGGGGAAGCUGUUCAUCCACGAGUUUGUUGGCACUGUCAUAAACAAGAGGUUUUGGUUGUUGGGAUUGGGAAGCGUAUUCUACGAAUUGAUACUACUAAAGUUGCAAAGGGUGAAGUCCCUUCUGCUGAGGAUCCUAUUAAGUGUCCUGUUGAAAAGCUUAUUGAUGGGGUCCAAUUUGUUGGUAAACAUGAUGGAGAGGUGACAGAUUUAUCAAUGUGCCAAUGGAUGACCACCCGGCUGGUUUCUGCUUCUAUGGAUGGAACUAUAAAGAUCUGGGAAGAUCGCAAGUCACAACCACUUUUAGUACUGAGACCCUAUGAUGGCCUUCCUGUUUAUUCGUCUACAUUUGUGACAGCUCCCAACAGACCUGAUCACAUCAUACUUAUAACAGUGGGCCCACUUAAUCGGGAAGUGAAGAUCUGGUCCUCAGCGAGUGAAGAAGGCUGGCUGCUUCCCAGUGAUGCUGAGUCAUGGAAAUGUACCCAGACCUUAGAGUUAAAGAGCUCUGCUCAACCUCGAGUUGAGGAUGCAUUCUUUAAUCAAGUCAUAGCAUUGUCACAAGCUGGCCUUCUUUUACUUGCAAAUGCUAAGAAGAAUGCUAUUUAUGCCGUGCACUUAGACUUUGGUGGUGAGCCAGCAUCCACACGCAUGGAUUACAUAGCAGAAUUUACUGUUACAAUGCCUAUUUUGAGCUUUACUGGGACAAGUAUAUCACCUCAUGGUGAACAAAUCGUUCAGGUGUAUUGUGUCCAAACACAAGCCAUUCAACAGUAUGCUUUGGACUUAUCCAAGUGCUUACCUCCCCCAUUGGAGAAUUCAGGUUUGGAAAAGCCAGAUUCCAGUGUUUCACAUGAUGCAACUGAGGCGGUGUCAACUAAUUCAGCUCCAAAACCAACCAUACAAGCUACUAGUUCUGAGGGUGCAGCCUUGAGGUAUCCUUUGCGCACUGCUUCAGUUGAUCCUUCCAAUUCAAAAGAUAUUACCACUUCGUCUAUGGAAUCAAAACCUGUUGCAUCGGCACCGGAGAUUAGUGAUGCUGAUGCUGUUUUUGUAGCAUCACAACCUCUUCCUUUGAGUCCUAGGUUGUCAGGGAAACUUUCUGGUUUAAGAAGCCCGACAGAUAGCAGUGAUCAUGGUGGUGACCAACAAGUUAAUGAGUACUCAGUUGACAGGCAGAUGAAUACUGCUCGUUCAAACUUGUCUGAUAUGCCUGCACUCGAUGAUGAUGCAAGGAAUGAUGAGCAGAAAAUUGCACAAGACGAAGUAUCUAGUGUGCUCAAUCCUUCUAUUUUGUUCAAACAUCCAACCCAUUUAAUAACUCCCUCUGAGAUUUUAAUGGCUGCUUCAUCCUCUGAGAAUACAAAUCCAAUUGACAGCAACACUGAGGGGGAUGCAAAAAUCCAAGAUGUUCUUGUUAACAGUGAUGUGGGUAAUCCUGAGGUGGAAGUUAAGGUUGUGGGUGAAACCAGAUCUACUCAAAUCGAUGAAUUUGGCUCUCAACGAGAACUCCAAAAUGUUGUUUCAGAAAAUAAGGAGAAGUUCUUUUGCUCCCAGGCAUCAGAUCUUGGAAUUGAGAUGGCCCGGGAUUGCUGUGCAAUAUCAUCAGAAUCUUAUAUUACAGAUGAAGCUCGGCAAGGUGAUGGUGCCAGCAUGUCAGAACCACUAGCCCAGCCUCAUUCUGGAGAGGAAGACCAGGAUCUCUCUACAAAAGAUGUAUCUGGGUCAGCUACUGCCACAACCACAUCACAAACACCAAAUGCAAAGUCGAGAAAACAGAAAUGGAAAAAUAUGCAAGCAUCAGGUCCAUCUUCCCCAUCACCAGGUGUGCUCAACGCAGUAGAGACCUCCAAUGAAGCAGGUGGGAGUUCAAGUCCCCCCUCCGGAGAAGCUGCAUUUCCUCAAAUUAUGGCCAUGCAGGAUAUGAUGAAUCAGCUAAUGACUAUGCAAAAAGAAUUGCAAAAGCAGAUGACAAUGAUGGUUACCGUCCCAAUUACAAAGGAAGGCAAACGAUUAGAGGCGGCUCUCGGUCGGAGUAUGGAGAAGGCUGUAAAAGCCAAUAAUGAUGCUUUGUGGGCUCGGUUUCAAGAAGAGAAUGCAAAGAAUGAGAAAUUAUUGCGAGACCGUACUCAACAAGUAACUAGUUUGAUCAAUAACUUUGUGAACAAGGACUUUCCAGUCAUGUUAGAGAAAACGGUAAAAAAAGAAAUAGCUGCUGUUGGACCAGCUGUUGUUCGUGCAAUCACUCCAGCUAUGGAGAAAACAAUACCUUUGGCUAUAUCUGAUUGCUUUCAGAGGGGAGUGGGAGAUAAAGCAGUUAAUCAAUUGGAAAAAUCAGUUAACUCAAAACUUGAAGCUACUGUAUCCAGGCAAAUCCAGGCGCAGUUUCAAACAUCGGGUAAACAAGCUCUUCAGGAUGCUCUCAAGUCUAGCAUGGAAGCUUCAGUGGUACCUGCCUUUGAGAAGUCAUGUAAAGCCAUGUUUGAGCAAGUAGAUGCCACAUUCCAGAAAGGAAUGGUUGAACAUGCAACUGUGGCUCAGCAGCAUUUUGAGUCUGCACAUUCGCCGUUGGCCCAUGCUUUAAGGGAAGCUAUCAACUCUGCAUCAUCAGUGACUCAAACCCUAAGCGGAGAACUGGCUGAUGGUCAACGUAAGUUAGUAGCUCUUGCAGCUGCACGGGGAAACUCAAGUGCGGUAAAUCCCCUAGUCACUCAACUAACCAAUGGACCUUUGGGUGGUCUCCAUGAGAAGGUUGAGGUGCCUUUGGAUCCAACAAAGGAGCUGUCAAGGUUGGUAACUGAACGCAAGUAUGAGGAGGCUUUCACAGGUGCUCUACAAAGAAGUGAUGUUGGCAUUGUAUCAUGGUUAUGUGCUCAGGUUGAUCUUCAUGGGAUACUGUUGCUGCAACCUGUUCCUCUGAGCCAAGGAGUACUUCUUUCGCUCCUGCAACAGCUGGCCUGUGAUAUCAACAAUGAUACACCCCGGAAAGUUGCAUGGAUGACAGAUGUGGCAGCCGCCAUAAACCCAUCCAACCAGAUGAUUGCAAUGCACGUGAGACCCAUCUUUGAGCAAGUUUAUCAGAUACUGCACCACCAACAUAGCUUGCCUACGAUCUCCAGUGCCGAGCAUGCCAGUCUUCGUCUUCUCAUGCAUGUCAUUAACUCCAUGAUGAUGGCCUGUAAAUGAUCAUACUCUGUUCACAGUUCUACCAUUGUGCAAGAAACAUGAUUUAUAUGGACAUUUUGUACAAAUUUGCUGUUAUCUCCUAAGAAAGGAUUACCAAACUGUGUAGAGUCAGUUUCGUUGGAAUUGGAUAGAUAGAGGCUAGGUAUUUUGGGUUUUCUUGCUUCAACUUUUAUCCUUUUUUCCUCUUGUUAUAGCUCUGUAAAACGUGAAAUUUUGUAUUUCCUUUACACCUGUGAAUGGGUAUUUUGGUUUGCCUUCUCUGUUAUAA